AAACUAAUAAAUUUAAUUGAGUAUUUUAAAUAAAUUAAGAAACCGGAUAGAGUAUUGAACGAUAUUAUUGUUUUACUUCUCCUUUCAUCCCUUAUCCAAAAACUCCCUUUAUAACCACAACGUCUAUAUAUAGAGUCUUCCAACAUUGCUUAUUCACACAACUGAACAAGAUAGAUAAGCCUUCCACAGCCUCACAAAAAUGAAGAACACUACCUCGUUCGCUCUCUUUCUACUUUGUGCCUUCUUCACCUCAUACCUACCUUCAGCCACCGGUGCUUUUGUGCUUGACAGUGAUGGAAACCCUCUUGAAAAUGGUGGCACAUACUAUGUGCCAGCACCAAAUAACUGCGGUGGAAUAGAAUACACUACAUCAGGAAACGAAACUUGCCCUAUCACUGUUGUGCAACAUCACGACCCAACCUGUAAGGGGUUUCCGAUAACGAUUUCGUCCCCGGCCCGAAUCCGUUACAUCUCCGAAGGCCUUAAUGUGAACAUAGGGUUCACUUUCAGACCCCCUCCGUGUGCCCCCUCUUCUUUGUGGACUGUUCUCAAGGAUCAAUCUGAACACCCAGACCCCUACGAAGGAGUAAUAUUGCCUGUUAAACUUAAUAAUGAGGACAACAGCAACAAUACAGUUCCCGGUUGGUUUAAAAUUCAGAAACUUCCCUUGGACUUUAUUACAACCUACUACAUUGUGUUCUGUCCACUUGACCAAAGCCCAUGUUGGAGUGUUGGCUCUAAUUUCGACCAAUACGGAAACAGGCGUUUGGUCGUGGCUCAGUUUGCGCGGCGCCAAGACAUAGAGUUUCAGAAACUUUCAUACGCAUCAAGAUCAACUCAUUCUUCUGCAUGAAGAAGUACCACUUAAUUGCCCUCAAGAAUCAUGUACUUUCUCCUAGUGAGUGAUCUUGUGUAAGGCUAAAUAAAUGCUUCAUUUUGUAAUAAAUUAUUCUAUGGCUAAAUAAAUUAAUCAAAGCUUAUUAUGUCUCCA